UCUACGGCGUCGACUUGUUGCACGCCCAGUAGCCGAUCCCUUCCCAGUAGCCGCCGCCUGUUUCUACUUCUCUAAUCUCUACGAUACCACGUGAGAGCCUUCCUCCUCCCGUCUCUGCCGCCCUUCUCGCAAACCCUAAUCCUUCUCUCCGAUCUUUGCUUCUCCGCCGCAAUCCGCCGCCGGACGACGGGAUCUGAGUCGGAGCAGAGCAGCGCCGCGCCCUUUUAUGGCUGCGGGUGCCUUCCUCCUCUUCCCCCUCAUUCUAUCUCUCCCAGUUGCCGCUUCCGACGACGCCGCAGCUGAGCCCUUUAACCUCCUUGACCGCCAGGAUGCUCAGCUCCGCCGUCUCGAAGCGUUGAUUGAGUCCCUCUCCGAGACCGUAGCUUCGCUUCAGGCUUCCCUCUCCUCAGGAUCCGAACACUCCGUCGCCGCCUCCUCCUCCGUCGUCCUACCGUUGGAUCUGGAAACCGUUAGCCCUGUGCUUACGCCACAUCCAGGGGCUGACGCGGCGGGGGCAGGUGACCGCUCUCCUGGGGUCUCCGUGACGAAGCAUAAGACAUCCUGGUCGGAGAGGUUCCAGUUUGCCGCGGCAGCACGGAUGGAGGCCUCCCCCGUGGUCGCAACCGUCCUCCCAUACGAGGAGGCAGAUGGCCACAGUAAGUAUUUCGCUGUCGGCGAUUCUUACGGCCGGGUCUACGUGUUCUCCUCUGCUGGAGACGUCCUCAUCGAACUCCCGUCCCUCUCCGAAUCUCCCGUCACCUCCAUGCUUUCGUACCUCUCUUCCCGCCGGAAUGAAAGCCUCCUCUUCUCCGGCCACGAGGACGGUUCUGUCACUGCACACCGCCUCUAUGAGUCUUCUGCCAACAGCGAGGAUUGGCUUUCUCUCUCGGUUAGUAGCUCGAAAACUUUCAUCCGUGGUUCCCGGGAGGUGGACUCACCGCCAGUCUCAGGCCUCGAGGUCCAUCAGGUAGGGAGUGUUAGAUACGUCAUUGCAUCUGAUGAUGGCGGACGUAUCAGGGUUUUCACUGAAAAUGGCACCCUUUAUGGCACUGCCAUUGCUUCAAGCAAGCCCUUGGCUAUUAUGAGGCAGCGGCUUCUAUUCUUGACUGAGACCGGUGCGGCCUCGCUGGACCUGAGGACCAUGGUGGUGAGGGAGACCGCGUGCGAGGGGCUUAAUGGCUCAGUUGCAAAGGCUUACUCCUUUGAUUCAUCGGAGCGGCUAAAGGCAUAUGGUUUCACUGCCAGUGGUGACCUGAUCCAUGUUGUGCUUCUUGGAGAUCUGACCAACCUCAAAUGCUGGGUUCGGUCUGUUAAGAAGUCAGAAAUUGAUGGUCCUGUAGCGAUCCAAACCAUAAAAGGUUAUCUUCUUGUAGCGAGCUAUGACAAGGUGUUUGUCUACAACAUCUCUUCACAAUUCUAUGGGAGGGUUGGAGCACCUCGGCUUCUGUUCUCUGCAGCCAUCCAGGAUAUCAAAUCUUUGUUUUUGAAUUCAGAAGCCCUUGCAGGUGGUACAUCGAAUGAAAAACCUUUGAUUGCCGCUGAUCGGGAAAAGCUAGUGGUCUUAGGGCUUGGCAGUGGUUAUAUUGGGAUUUAUAACUCCAACUUUCCAGUUUUCAGAGUGGAAAAUAAUGCUGUGGUGUGGAGUGGUCCUGCUCUUCUGUUCCUGCUAUUUUUAAUUGCUAUAUGGCAGUUCUAUGUGAAGAAAAAGGAUUCCUUGGGUUGGGUACCAGAGGAUUCUUUCAACUCAUCAGCUGCUGCUUCAAGUAGCCUUUUGAAUUCCACUGCCACUGAUAGGGCUUAUGCCGACGGUGUGAGAACUGAUCUUAGAGAAUUACGAGGAGGGGCUCUAAGAGCUCCAGCCAGAAGGUAUACGUCUCCACCUCGUUACACUGGAGGGUCAGGACUACCAUUUAGGUCUGGUUCUGCAGAUCCUGGUUUUAGAACACCAGGGGAGCUGAAAUUUAGGGGCCAGAACGUGGAGCCUGCAGGUUUUCCCAAGCGAAGGGAAGCAAUGUUUCCAAACAGUCAAGUAGCAGAAGAUCACAUUGAUUAAGUCUCUACUCAAUCAAUUGGUGCCCUUUUAAAAAUCUGGCUUAUUUGAUCUCAACACUUGUGCUGCCCUUUGUGGUCUUUUUUAACACUGCAUGAUAAUAUCGGGCUGAAAAGUUGCACCUAUUGAAUUAGCAGAAUAUGCCUAUUUUGUAGUGACCACUGCUGCUUAUAAUGGAAACCUAAUUUAAGAAA